AUGAAUGUCCUCUUCCUCGUCUCUGAUGAUCUACGGCCGCAACUGGGAAUGUACAACGGACCAUCCGCCCCUUCGUCCGUGCACCCCCCGAUGCACACACCUGCGCUGGAUGCACUUUCACGGAGAAGUCUUCUACUAAAACGCGCGUACGUACAAGAAGCUCUUUGUUCUCCAAGCAGGACAUCGUUUCUGACUGGCAGACGACCGGACACGACGCACGUGUAUGACUUAACUCAUUACUUCAGACAUGUUGGGGGAAACUUCACCACAAUACCACAGUAUUUUAAGAUGUAUGGAUACAGAACCAUAGGUGUAGGGAAGAUAUUUCACUCUGGGAGAGCUUCUGGUUAUGACGACCCCAUUUCGUGGACGGAUCCGUACUUUCGUCCAAAGCAGACGCUACACUUCAAAGACGUCAAGUCUUGGAGGGCGGUACCGCUGUCAGAGUGGUCUAGAAAACCACUACGUGACACUCUCAUCGCCAACCACGGUAUUGAAACACUACGGAAAGUUGCCAGCAAAGCCAGAAGUGGAGAACAACCUUUCUUUUUAGCAGUGGGACUCCGGAAGCCUCAUUUGCCAUUUGAGUUUCCGGACAAGUUCCUGUCAUACUAUCCAAAGGAUUCUGUGAAACUACCUACCAAUCCGUACGCUCCAAAAGACAUGCCUCCCAUCGCCUGGUCACCAUACGGAGAACUCAUGCACUACAGUGACAUUGGAGCGCUAAACGUGACAGGAGCCAUCGCUACAACCCUGCCCAAUGAUGUGGUACUUGACUUAAGACGAGCGUACUACAGCGCAGUGUCUUAUAUGGACAACGAAAUGGGAAGAGUGAUCGCAGAGUUGGAGACACUUGGACUGGCCAAUAAUACAAUCGUCUCUUUCCUUGGCGAUCACGGUUGGCAGCUUGGUGAACACGGAGAGUGGUGCAAACACACAAACUUUGAAAUUGCUAACCAUGCGCCAAUGAUGAUCCAUGUUCCCGGAUUAACGGAUCGUGGAAUUGUUACAGAACAGCUGACAGAAUUCGUCGAUCUUUUCCCAACUCUUGUAGAUGCAGCUGGAUUGCCUCCCUUGCCCUUCUGUCCUAUUGAUUCAGAAGAUAUAGCAACUUGUACAGAAGGAUUGAGUCUUGUGCCACUGAUGAAGAACCGAAAAGGACACUGGAAAUCUGCAGUAUUUUCUCAGUACCCUCGAGAACACUUUCGAAUCAUGGGCUAUUCAAUUCGGACUCACCGCUACAGAUACACGGAGUGGGCCAAGUUUCACGGUAAACCAGUCUACAAACCAGAUUGGGGAACACUGUACGGGGUGGAGCUGUACGACCACAAGAAUGACCCGGCUGAGAACAUGAACCUCGUCAAUGAUCCACAGCACGCGGCAACACGUCACCAUCUGAGUCAGCGACUUAGAGCUGGGUGGCGCGCAGAGGUUCAAGGGUUGAAGUAG